AUGUCAAUAAAUCGACGUUUUGCAGUUCAUAUAUUAGCGUCCAAAAGCUCUAAAAAACAGUUAAAUAAUGGUCUGCCCCAGGGCUCGGUACUGGCAUUGCUGACUCUUUUCAAUCUAUGCAUCAGUGAUCUACCGGAUACAACCUCUCAAAAAUUUGAAUACGCAGACGACAUCGCGAUAAUUCCACAACAUGAAAAAUUUGAAAAUAAUGAAGCCCAUACUCAAUCAAGACUUAGAAAAACUCAAUGGUGGGCAAGUUAA